AUGGAGCAGUCACAAAGUACUACUCAUGGAAGGCUGAUUUUGUUUACAUUCCUUCAUGGGCUCAUUCUUUUAUGCAUGAGCACACCUCUGGAAUCUGCAACUCUGUCCAGUGGUAAUACUUUUGGAAGUGAAACUGAUCGCCUGGCGCUGCUAGACUUGAAGAAAAGAAUCACUCAAGAUCCUCUCCAUGUUAUGAGCUCCUGGAAUGAUUCAAUUCAUUUCUGCAGUUGGGUUGGCGUUACGUGCAACCCUUCCACCAAAAGAGUCUUGAUUUUGAACUUGAGUUCUCAUAAACUGGCAGGCUCUAUACCACCAUCUAUUGGAAAUCUUACUCAUCUUACUGGAAUCAACCUCAGAAACAACAGCUUCCAUGGUGAGAUUCCUCAAGAAAUGGGUCGUCUACGAAGCCUACAAGCUCUCAAACUGUCUCAAAAUUCCUUGGGCGGGAAAAUUCCAACUAAUAUAUCUCACUGUACACAACUACGUGUGCUGAAUAUUAUUUCCAAUCAUAUUAUUGGGUCCAUUCCGAGCCAACUCAGUUCAUUGUUGAAUUUAAAAAUUCUAGGGUUUUCUGGUAACAAUCUCACUGGAGCAAUCCCAGGCUGGAUUGGAAACUUUUCUUCUUUGCAUGAUCUUUAUCUUUCCUGGAACAAUUUUCGAGGAAGCAUACCCGUUGAGCUCGGGCGUCUGACAAGCUUGGAGGAACUCAUACUUGGGUCGAACAAUCUGUCUGGUAUUGUCCCUUCUUCAAUCUAUAACAUUUCUUCAAUAUACUGUUUCGGUGUUGCUGCAAAUCAGCUGCAUGGAGAGCUACCACCAAAUCUCGGCAUUAAUCUUCCUAAACUCGAAAAAUUUUAUGUUGGUGGCAACAAUUUCACUGGCAUAAUUCCUGCAUCGUUGUAUAAUUCUUCUAAUCUUCGGAUUCUUGAUAUGGUUCAAAAUCAUCUCACUGGGACAAUCCCUGCUGAAUAUCUUGGAAGCUUGCGAAGCUUAGUUAGACUAAAGUUUUCUUGGAAUAGACUGGGAAGCGGGAAAACUGGCGACUUGAAUUUUCUGAACUUUUUGGCAAAUUGUACUAGCCUAGAGAUAUUAGGUCUUGACACUAAUCAUUUUGGAGGAGAAUUGCCAAGAUCUAUAGCCAACCUUUCUACCCAACUACGUAUUCUAACUUUGGGGCAAAAUUUGAUACACGGAAGCAUCCAUGAUGGCAUUGGAAAUCUUGUAAGCUUAAAUGAUCUUGGAAUGGAUAACAACUACUUCAGUGGAAGUAUCCCCGAUGUAAUUGGGAAGCUUCCAAAGUUACAGGAACUGUAUUUGAAUAAUAACAAAUUUUCUGGGCCGAUACCGUCCUCCUUAGGCAACUUGACUUCCUUGAUACUCCUCUACAUGGAAAAUAAUAAGUUUGAGGGAAGUAUACCUCCAAGUUUUGGGAGCUACCAAAGUCUACUCGAUCUUGACCUCUCUAAUAACAACAUAACUGGUGCCAUACCUAGAGAGCUUUUCAGGGUUUCAUCCCUUUCAAUUUCUUUGGACAUUUCUCAAAAUUCUUUGACGGGUUCUUUACCAUCUGAAGUGAGUGAAUUGGUAAAUCUUGUUGAGUUGGAUGUUUCUGGGAAUAAGUUAUCAGGUGAAAUUCCCACAACCCUGGGCAAUUGUAUUAUGUUGGUGCACCUGCAUUUGGAAGGUAAUGAAUUUGAAGGAACAAUUCCUCAAUCGCUUAAAAGUUUAAGAAGCUUGGAAUAUCUAGAUAUUUCACGCAACAACUUAUCAAGCCAGAUUCCAGAAUUUCUGUGCAAGUUUCCGUUUCUUCACUAUCUCAAUCUUUCUUAUAAUGAUUUUGAGGGUGAAUUGCCUAAAGAAGGGAUCUUUUCUAAUGCAAGUGGUCUCUCAGUUAUUGGAAACAAUAGGCUUUGCGGUGGCCUCCCAAUAUUACUUCUAAAUGCAUGCUUCCAAAAAGAGUCUCAUUCAUCUCAACGACUACUUGCCCCAAAGGUAGUCAUCCUUAUCACUUGUGCACUUGCCUUCAUAAUUGCUAUGUCAUGCUUCAUUGUUGCUCGUUCAAAGGUGAACAAGUCAAGAGGUGGACCUGUAGCUUCACAUUCUUACAAGGGUUGGAAAUCAAUCUCUUACUUAGAACUUGUUCAAUCAACUGGCAGUUUCUCUAUAGACAAUCUGAUUGGUUCAGGAAGUUUUGGUUCUGUUUACAAAGGAGUACUUCCUACUGAUGGGAGGGUAGUUGCUGUCAAAGUAUUAAACCUUCAACAACGAGGAGCUUCCAAGAGUUUCAUUGAUGAAUGCAAAGCUUUAAGAAGCAUACGGCACCGUAAUCUUGUGAAGAUCAUAACUGCAUGCUCGAGCAUUGAUACUCAAGGUAAUGACUUCAAGGGUCUAGUUUUCGAGUUCAUGGAAAAUGGAAGUCUCGACUCAUGGCUGCAUCCUAGAGAUGAUGAGCAAUCUCAAAGUAAGAGAUUGAGCCUUAUCCAAAGACUCAAUAUUGCAAUUGACAUUGCCUCUGCAUUAGAAUAUCUCCACCACCAUUGUGAAACGACCAUUGUUCAUUGUGAUCUAAAGCCAAGCAAUGUUCUUCUUGGUGAAGAUAUGGUUGCCCAUGUUGGCGACUUUGGUUUAGCAAAGUUCCUCUUGGAAGCAUCAGAGAAUUCCUCCCAAAGUCACACCAUUUCAGCUGCGCUAAAGGGUUCCAUAGGCUACAUUCCUCCAGAGUACGGCAUGGGAGACCAAGUUUCCAUCAUGGGAGAUAUUUAUAGCUUUGGAAUACUGUUGCUGGAAAUGUUCAUAGGAAAAAGACCUACAGAUGACAUGUUCACAGAAGGUCUAAGCAUUCACCAAUUCACAGCCAUGGCAAUGCCUGACCAUGCCAUGGACAUAGUUUACCCUUCAUUGUUGAUGGAAAGAGAUGAUGCAGAUGGUGAUGAUGAAAGAUACAACAAUGACAUACGAGUGAGACCAAUUACAAUCAAUGAGGAUGGCAGCCCUAUCCAAUUGCAAGCAACAAGAUUGGAGGAAUGUUUGGUUUCUGUGAUGCAGAUAGGACUCUCCUGCUCUGCAAUAUCACCAUCUGAGCGUAUGCAAAUGGGUGUUGUUAUCAAAAAAAUGAAGGCAACUAAAGACUCAUAUCUCAGUUUGAGAAGAAGAAGAAGAAGCGUGGGCUAA